UUCAUCUUCCAGUUGAUAUCAAGUCACUAUAAGAUGAACAACACCUACCUAGAGCCGAAAGGUGAGAGAGAGAAAAGAGAAACUUGAAGACGGAAAAGUCUUCAUCAAAAGUUACUUGAGUUUCAACAUUUGAAGUUGCUUCAUGUGCUUUUUUUUGUAAACCUUGACACAUUUGGAACAAAACUUUUUCUCAACUUUUUUCUUGCCUUUUGCAACCCUUUCGACAAGCGUCUUGACCGACACUCAACUGUCAUCUUUUUUUGAUUGAAAUUGUUUUUAUUCCGAGUUUUUUCUUCUCUUUCUCUUUCUGUACAUGAAGAAUGCAACUUUAAUAUUAUCUAUGUUGGCUCUUCUCACCCUUUGUACACUUGAAACUCAGGGAAGUCAUGAUAAACACGCAACCUUAUCCUUACAUGGAAAAAUGGAUUCAACUGUUGCCCUCAUUUUACAAGUGUUUACCGUGUCUGUGUUGUGAUAGGAAAAGGUCAACCCAGUGGAUUGGCCGGCAAACUGGAUCAACCAAAAGUUGGUCCCGUUGUUCCGACAAGUUCAACUCCAAGUGGAUUAAAUGUUUUGAUACCUUUUGCCGGACAACUUUUCCCUUAUUGUUAGUGUUGACAUUUUGUUUAAGUCCAGUUUACGGUUUAACCAAUUCAACUACCCCAACCAAGGGUGAUUCAAUCAUAACCAUUACUGGCCUUCUUGGUGAUAAAGUGUCUAUUCCUUGUACCAUUAAUACGGAUGAUUGUGGUGAAGUGUAUUUUGUUGCUUGGACCAAGAAUACGGUUCUAGAUGAAAACAGUGAAACCUGGAGUCGGGUUUACAUGUACAGUGAAAAUAUCAAUAAACCUUUACGUGAAUUAUCAUCGAGAGCAGCCUUUCAAGUUGAACCCUCCAAGGGUGGAAACUUGGUAAUAGAUAAGCUUAAAUACAGUGAUGAAGCUUAUUAUAAAUGUGAUGUUACCUACAUUUCGGUUGGAAAGUGCCCUUCCUUAACAUACAUUCACCUUGAAAUUUUGGCUGCUCCAUCCAAAGCAUCCAUUGAAAUCACUGGUUCACCCAAUUCGAUCCCAAAUUCGGGUAAAAUUGUCGACGGUUCAAAUAGCAUUGGACCAUUUCGAGAAGGUGAUGAAGUUCAUCUUACAUGCAAAGUAACCGGUGGUAAACCUGAGCCUUCACUUGAAUGGUGGUCAGUCAAAGGUGAUAACAAACUCGUCUUAUCUAGUUCAUCAUCUUCAUCCUCAUCCUCAUCAACAUCACCAAGUAGCGACAAUUCAACCAGCCUUGCCUUGAUUAAAAAAAUUGAACGCAGUGACCUUAAUAGUAAAUUACAAUGUCAUGUUAAACAUGAAUCAAUUGAACCAGAUAAUUAUCAAUACGAUUCCACAGUUGAUCUUGAUAUUAAUGUUGGUGCUUUAAGUGUUUAUAUUGUUGGGCCAAUUGAAGAAGUGAAAGAAAACGAUUUAAUUACAAUUAAAUGUAUCGCAAUCGGGAGUCGACCUCAUGUCAACAUUGAAUGGUUCAAUGGCACUCAACCCAUGCAAAAUGUUAAAUUGAGUGAAGAAAUUUACGAAGACAAAGAAUCUGGUGAUGGAACAAAGCGAACUGAAUCAAUCAUGGAACUUUACAUUACUCGGUUUGAUCAUUUAACGACAAUUGAAUGUCGAGCAAUCAAUUCAGCCAUGAAUGAACCCUUAAAGGCAACAAUUCAAUUCAAAGUUUUAUAUUCACCGACAAUUGUUAUGGAACCUGAGAAUGGCCUUAAACUACAGGAAAACCAAGAAUCGAUCAACAUUUAUUGUACUUAUAAUGCUAAUCCGGUUGAACUGAAGCGCAAUGAAACUCGUUGGUUCAAAGACUCUCAAGAGAUCGAUAUUGAGGGUUCAGAGGGACGUUAUUUAAGCAUCUUUUCUGGUUAUCCAAUCCUGUCGAUAAUAAAUGUUACCCGUGAUCACAGUGCGACCUAUUACUGUUCAAUCGCCAAUGAAAUUGGUUCCAGUAAAGCUAAACAGGGUGUCCAUUUAAAUAUCAUUUACCGUCCAACAGUAACUUUCAGAAUAUUUCCUGAUGUCCGAAGUGGUAUUAUGAUUAAGGAAGGCGAUGACAUUCAAUUGCUAUGCGAUGUUGAAGACGGCAAUCCAUCUAAUGUGUCCAAAGUGCGCUGGAUCCGAACCACAAGUGAAGGAAGCGAUACAAUCAUUAAUGAAACCUCGCAAAAUGAGAUAGUCUGGUUGUCAGUUGAUCGCUCUUUGAGUGGCAACUAUUCAUGCCAGGCUCUCAACGAGGCUGGUUGGUCAAAAGAGUCAAACAUGGUUGAACUGGACGUGAAGUAUCUUCCCUCACAAGCUCAAAUUCAACAGAUAAACGGCAAUUAUCCAGUGAAAGGUGAACCUCUUAUCCUUGAAUGUAUUGUCCAUCAACUAGGUUGGCCAAUAGCCGAAGAAUAUCUUUGGGAACAAGACGGGAUUCGAUUAAUAGACUCGACCGAGUCCAUUUUAAACAUAACCAAUGUUACCCUUUCAACUCGAGGCAACUAUUCGUGUGCAGCAAUAUCCAUGGCAGGAUUGGGUUCUAAAGGUUAUCUUUACAUUCAACCAAUGGUUCCACCAAAAAUGAUUGAAUCUUUACCUGAAGUGGAUGGAGCCUUGUUCAAUGCAAGUCAACAUUCAGUCUCAUGUAGAGUUGAAUGUGAUCCUCCGUGCUCAAUCAAAUGGUACUCGAAUGGUUCGAUAAUCGAGCCCAACAGUUCAACCUCUUAUACGAUAAAAGAGACUCAACAUCCAGAGGAAAAAGAAUCCAACAUUUUCCUUAGCAUUGUAUCAACACUCACUUGGAACAUGGCACAACCCUUGAACAGAGAAACGGGAAAUUCUGAGAUUACCUGUUCAUCAACCAACAACCUUGCUGGACCUGGAGUUGAAUCAAACAUGCAAUUUAGAGUUGAAUAUCCUCCUGAAAAUAUCUUUGUUUCACCGCAAACUGUUACAGUCGUUGAAGGUAACAUACCUGAAGCCAUCAAGUGCCAUAGUGAUGCUCUGCCAGAAGCUUCAUACCGAUGGGAACGUUGGGGUGUGCCCAUUGUGGUUUCACCAAUUCUUGAGAUUCACAACCCAAUGAACCAAGAAACUGGUGGCAACUAUUCAUGUGUAGCCUACAACAGGCACGGGUCAACCCGUGUCGAUGCCGUAAUAAACGUUCUUCAUAAGCCAGUCUGUGAGAUAUCUGAAAGUGAGGUGAGAGGCAGUGAAGCUGAUGGUCCAUCGUCCAUUUACGUUGUGCUCAUCUGUGAAGCCAUUGCCAAUCCAAGUGAUAAUUUAUCUUUUCAAUGGACACUGGGCAAUUCAACGUUCACGUCAACCAAUUCAAGUGAUAUUGUAACCAAUCAAGGGUUACGAAGUCAAAUUGUGAUAUCGCCAAACGAUGAAUCCAUGUUUGGCACAUGGACUUGUUCAGUAACCAAUUCAGUUGGUUCUUCAUCUUGUCUCUUCACCAAAUCGGCUCCACUCAUCGAUUCUCGCUGGACGAUGCCUCACUUUGAUGAGAAAUCAAUCAUUCUUAUCGCCGGUAUUCUGGCCAUUAUCAUAAUCAUAUUCAUCAUCAUUUUGAUCAUCAUGUUUUGCCGGAUGAAACGUCGUCGUGCCAAACAAGAAUCUCAUUCAUUGGCAUCGGACAGAGAAAAACCUGAAAGUGAACGAACUCCAACUCCAUCGUCUUACAUCAGUCAUGUGCCUUCUAAUAAAGCAAUUAAAUAUCUUCAGGAAACAAAUUUACGCCUUAAAAGAAACGAUCGAGUUUUUGGUUUUUUACCUCUAAAUGUAGAUAUAAUACCAAGUAAUGGUGGCUCACAAAGUCAACUGGAGUCAACACCUAAACCAGAAAAUGAGAUUGAUAAUUCAUCGAUUAAUCCAAAUACCAAAGAAAUGUAUGAAAAUAUGCCUUUCCAUCGAAGGGAAUUGGGUUCAAUUAAAUAUGGACCAUUAGAGCAGAAUAUUGUUUAUGCUGAUUUACAAUUAACCUAUGAUGAGAAUGAUUUAGUUAACAAUAAAGGAUAUCAAAUGAAUACUAACCUGAUUACUGGUUCUGACUUACAUAGGAAAAACUCAACCCUCUUAACAGCAUCUAAACACCCAAAGAGUCACCAGUUCAACAAUUCAACGUUAAACUCUUACCAUAACCAGCAACUUCAAUUGAACAAUCACAUUGUUGAUAGUUUAUCUAAUACCGAUUAUGUUUCAAAGUUAAUUACUAAACAACAACAACGUCAACUUAACCUAAAUUCAUUUAACAAAAGUUUGACCGCAGCAACAGCAACACCGAGUCCACCAGCAGCUAACCAUUCACAUCACCAGCUUAGUUCACCAUUUAACAUUAACCAAGCUAUAUCUUAUCCUUACACUCAAAAUCAGUAUACAUCAUUAACUCCGUCCAUAUUAAAUAAUCAUCGACAUCAACACCAGCAACAUCUCACCUCACCUCACCACUAUCAUCAACCAACAAAUGAAUUGUCAUCUCCAUCACAUCAAAUUCAUUACGCUUCCUCCCGUAUAAGUGAUUAUGCUGUCCUACGAUUUGAUAAGACACCUUCGCCACCCUCAAUCUGUUGACAAACCCAAAAUCCAAGCUCUUCUGUUGUUAACCCAUCGCCAUCAAGUUGACCAACACACAAUUAACAUCUUACCCAUUAAAAAACCAGAACAUGGCAAUAUUGAUCAAAUCCAAUGAUACAUUUACAUGGAUGUACAUGAAGUCCUCCUUUUGCUUGCCUUUUGUUAUCUUUUACUCACCAACAACCCAAAAAAAGAUUACUGUUUGUUUCAUUUAGUUUCACUCAUUAUUACCAUCAUUAACAUUGUCAACAUUAGCACCAGGUUAAUCAUUGCACUUACGUGAUCCAACUCUUACCUUUAACUCUCUUCCACCCUUCAUACCUCCUCACCCUUGAUGAUAAUUACAUCCCGUUGUGACUGUAAAAUCAUCUCAUGGCCUUGAAGAAGAUGAUGUUGAUGAUGAAGAUGAAGAAGAAACAGAAGAACCUUUUUUUCAACUUGUGUCUCUGGGAACAAAUCAACAGCAAGAAUAACUAAUAACAUUGGACCAUCACAAUCAUCAUCAUCAUCGUCAACAACAAUUAACCAAGAGACUUUAUAAAAGCAGCCAAACACUAAAAUAUAUUGCAAAAACUCUUUGUUUUCUGACCAUCAUUGUCUUUGUAUUAUAAUUCAUUUCAUCCUUUGUUUUCAUUCAUUCUAUUAUACUAUUAUUAUGAUUUCUAUUAUUAUUAGUAUCAUUUUUCGCUCUCUCUCUCACUCCAUCAUCUUUACCCUGACUCUUCCCUAUCAUCUUACUUUAUCAUCUUUCUCUAUCUCUCCCUCUCUCUAAUUUUGUUUAUCUCAUCUUCUUGAUUCUCCUUCACUCUUUAAAUGAUAUUACACAAAAGCCUUUUGGAUAUAACUUAGCGGCUGAUCUCAUCUAUGCUGAUCUCUAUGAAGAACCAGGUUCAUUACCAGGAUCCUAGGUUACUCUGGCCUUCACCUUUCAAAGGAAUCAUUCAGGAUUCAGCUAAACCGCCCACAGAAUCCAUUGAAAAAAGCAAACAACAAAACUUUUAAUGCUGCUUGCAUCUGUAACAAAAUGCGACCUUUUUUCGCCAUCAAAAAGCUUCUCCUUCCUUGACCACAAAAAGUCUAUCUUGAAAAACAGAAAAAAGAUUCUACCUGUAAAUAUGAAAAAAUAUCUUUAUCAGUAACAAUUGUAUCAAUACAAUAUGAAUCAAAAAUAAAAAGCAAACUUUUAGCUUGUUAGUUAUCUUAAUAAAGCUGAUAACUCAUGAAA